GGGAACCGAACGGGAACCGGGGAUUUACGCAGUUAAAAAGGCUGUUCCAGGCUCAGAGCCCGGAGCGGCCCGUCCGCCCAGUGUCCCAGCCCAGCGCUCGGCGGGAGGGGCCGGAAGAGGAAGUCGGGGCUGCAUCUCGGAGGUCCGGGUACCGCCUGCGCUGCCCGCGCCCCGCUGCCCGCCCGCGGGAUGGGGCUGCUGCACUCGCUGCACGCUCCCGCGGCCGUCCUGCUCUGGAGCUGUCUGCUGGGACUGACAGCUGCUCAGGAAGCCAUCCUGCACGCGUCUGCAAAUGGCACAUCUUCACUUUCCAAGGACUAUUGCAUGCAUUAUAACCCCAAAUGGACAAGGCUUCCAGGUUCCCUAGAAAAUGCAACUUCUCUUAGCCUGAUGAAUCUGACUGGAACGCCACUGUGCCACCCUUCUGAUAUUCCUCCUGAUGGCAUAAAGAACAGAGCAGUGGUGGUACAAUGGGGAGCCUGCCAUUUGCUUGAAAAGGCCAGGAUUGCACAGCAAGGCGGAGCUGAAGCCCUGCUGAUUGCCAACAGCAGUGUCCUACUUCCUUCCUCAAGGAACGGAUCUGAAUUUCAAAAUAUGACUAUACUAAUUGCAGUUAUAAGCCAAAAAGACUUUAGAGAUAUGAAACAGACUCUUGGAGAUAACAUUACCGUGCAAAUGUAUUCUCCAUCCUGGCCUAACUUUGACUAUACUAUGGUGGUUAUUUUUGUAAUUGCUGUGUUCACUGUGGCAUUAGGAGGAUACUGGAGUGGACUCAUUGAAUUGGAAAACAUGAAGACAGCAGCCGAUGCAGACGAUAGAGAGAUGAGGAAAAAGAAGGAGGAGUAUUUCACCUUCAGCCCUCUGACCGUGCUUGUGUUUGUGGUCAUCUGCUGUGUAAUGAUCGUCCUACUCUAUUUCUUCUACAAGUGGCUCGUGUACGUCAUGAUAGCAAUUUUCUGCAUAGCGUCGGCGAUGAGUUUGUACAACUGUCUUGCUGCAUUGAUUCAUAGGAUGCCAUGUGGACAGUGCACGAUUUCCUGUUGUGGCAAAAACAUUAAAGUGAUCCUGGUCUUCCUCUCUGGACUGUGCAUCUCAGUCUCUGUUGUGUGGGCUGUGUUUAGAAAUGAGGAUAGAUGGGCUUGGAUUUUACAGGAUAUCUUAGGAAUUGCUUUCUGUCUCAACUUAAUUAAAACAAUGAAGUUACCCAAUUUCAAGUCAUGUGUGAUACUGCUAGGCCUUCUCCUGGUCUAUGAUGUGUUUUUUGUCUUCAUAACACCAUUCAUCACGAAGAAUGGUGAGAGCAUCAUGGUGGAACUUGCUGCUGGGCCGUUCGAGAAUGCUGAAAAGAAUGAUGGAAACUUUGUGGAGGCCACUGCUCAACCCUCAGCUCCCCAUGAGAAAUUGCCAGUACUUAUCAGAGUGCCAAAGCUGGUCUGUUACUCAGUAAUGAGUGUAUGCUUCAUGCCUGUUUCAAUAUUGGGUUUUGGAGAUAUUAUUGUACCAGGCCUGUUGAUUGCAUACUGUAGAAGAUUCGAUGUUCAGACUGGUUCUUCUUCUGUAUACUAUAUUUCAUCCACAGUUGCCUAUGCUGUUGGCAUGAUAAUUACAUUUGUUGUCCUGGUGCUGAUGAAGAAGGGGCAGCCUGCUCUCCUCUACUUAGUACCCUGUACACUUCUUGCUGCUUCGGUCGUUGCCUGGAGUCGUAAGGAGAUGAAAAAGUUCUGGAAAGGUAGCAGCUAUCAGGUGAUGGACCACCUGGACUAUUCAACAAGUGAAGAGAGCCCAGUGACCACUGAUGGGCAGGCCGUACAGCAGUGAUUGCGUGGACCUACAAUGAUGUGCUGUUGAUUUUUACAAAGAGAAUUGCUGACCACCACCACCACCCUUUUUUGGUUUUGUGGGUUUUUUUGCUUUUUGAGACAGAUUCAUGACUAGAGCUCACUGUCCUCCUGCCUCUGUCUCCCAAAUGUCUGGGACUAGAGUUGGGCAGCACCGUGCCCAGCAAGUCUUAAAUCAAAAUCUGAACUGAAAAUUGGAGACAUUUGCCACGGUGAUGUGUGUCGAUCCAUCCAUUUUUAUGAGCUGGUAAAAUUCAUCACACAUAGCGAAAACGCAUUUUCUUUUAAUUAUGUUAAAGUUGUGCCUUCACAAUCAAUGAAAAACAUAGGGUUUGUGUAGUUUCCAAAUGUAUUAUAUACAUUAUAUUUUUCUAAAAAAAAAAAGCCACCUUGACC